GCAAGCACAAAGUGGGCAAGCACAAGAUUGGCAAGCACAAAGUAGGCAAGUGCAUAGUGGGCAAGCACAAAGCAGGCAAGCACAAAAUGGGCAAGUACAAGGUGGGCAAGGGCAUAGUAGGCAAGCACAAAGCAGUCAAACACAAGAUGGGCAAGUGAAUAGUAGGCAAGAACAAGGUGGGCAAGUGAAUAGUGGACAAGCACAA